AUGUCGCAAUACGUCGGAAAGACAAACCUUGCCUACUCGCGCGCAUGGCACCUCAUUGACGUCGGUGCUGAUCCCCGUCCCCUUGGUCGCAUCGCCUCGCAAAUCGCCAUUACUCUCAUGGGCAAACACAAGCCUAUCUGGGACCCCUCAACCGACUGCGGAGACUACGUCGUUGCUGUUGGCCUGCACGACUUGCACACCACCGGAAAGAAGCGUUACCAGAAGAAGUACUACAGCCACACCACUCGUCCCGGUAGCUUGAAGGAAAUCACCAUGGACCGCAUGAUGGAGAAGUGGGGUGGUGCUGAGGUUUUGAGAAGAGCUGUUAGGGGUAUGCUGCCAAAGAACAGAUUGAGGGAUGAUCGUAUGGCUAGGCUGAAGAUGUUCGAGGGCACCGCUCACCCCUACAAGCAAAACAUCAUCAAGGACUACACCCGUCCUUCAAUAACACAACAACCCGAGGUCAAGGUUGCCUUUGCCCAGCAGAAGCAGCAAUGA